UCGAUAUUUUCAUCAAGUUACAAUAUUAUUUAUUUUUGUUAGGAAAAUGACUGAUUAAACUAUGUUUUUGUAGUAAUAAAUGGAACAUCAAUCUGAAAUGGGGGCCUACGGGGAAAAUCCGAAUGUUCAAAACAGUGGGAAUUACAUUACAAUCAUCCCCGUAGAUUAUUCGCGUCGUGGUUAUCCUAUGCAAGCAGAGUAUCAAUACAAUGAAUUUAGGUCGCGGGAAGAGUAUUACAGCGUUCAAAGCCAGAAAUUGCAGGCAGAAGUCAAUGCACACUUAUAUUCAGUGUCCCAAAGGCUGCCGCACCUCACAUACAGCCCCCUGGGACGGCACAACGAGUGGGACAAGCAUGACCCGCACAAACCCUUGCCAGACUCCAAAGAGAGCAAUAGCUCGGACUCGUUGGAGAAAAGUGUUAUGGGGUCAAACCUCAGCAGCUGCUCUAACCAGACGGGUUCCAGCAGCAUCGCUGCUGGCUCCUUCAGCACAACAGAGCCCAUCACGAGUGGCGGCAGUUCGUCCAGUGCUAUAUCCCCGCCUUUGCCUGGGUCAUCAGGCAGCACAGCCUCUUCGUCCAGCGUGACCUCAAACCCUGUGACAUGCGUGUACCUCAUGUCCAAAACCGCCAUAAUGAUAGAGAUGAGCUCAGAGGAAGUUCCCUCAUGCGUGACGGCUUCCAGGUUCCUCAAUGCAACCCUGGCUACUGAGGAACUAGGUCUGACGCAGCCCAGCGCAAGGAGUCUGGCAGCGAACGUCUUUGCUUUGUGGAUGUGCAGUCCAUUGUUGGAAAUCCAGCUCAAGCCGCACCACUGCCCAUGGAAAAUCUGGGCGAGCUGGCAGAAGUUGUUACAACGGUACGGACACGGCUCGGAGACGCGGAAGGCGCGCGACCAGCCCGUCUUGAGGCUGCAGAGGAACGUGUUCUUUCCGAAGCACUUAGAAGAGGGCAUCAAGUGA